CGCAAGUGCUUCUGGAAAGGGUUUGCCAACUGUUUGGAGAGGAGACUGUGAAGUCGAAGCUACGAAUGGCAAAAUGGAGAAUCUACUCUCUCUUUAGUGGGAUGGAGUGCAUGCGUGAGGCUUUGCAAAUCCUAGAUGUGGCAGUUUCUUCCUUCUUGGGAAUCAAGCUUGAUGUCAAACACAUGCUCCACGUAGAAAAGAGCCAGAUGUGUCAGCGGUUGCUGCUGGAUCACUAUCCUAAGACAUGCCUGGUGGGCGAUGUGAAGCAGUUGUUGUGCUGGCGAAUCCUCAUCAACUCCGAGAAAGCUCAGUGGGUUUGCCCACUGAGUUUUGCAGAGUUGGCUGACAUUCUGUCGCAAGAGAAGAAGCGCUGCCUCACCCCGAAGGAGCUGAUCUAUACUCUUGGCUACCCUUGUCAGGGACAACAGGCCAAUGCAUUGGGAACAGACGUGCGGAACUUUGACGACUUCUCAACGUCUGCUGUGACAGAGAUGGCAGGUUCCCAGCAAUGCGCGGCAUCAGUUGACGCAUUCUUGAGCCUGAUGUACAAUGGGGUCGCAGAGUUCAUCCGGCGUGGGCGAUCCUCUGGCCAAGAGGACUCUGAUAUUGACAUUGACUCGGACUGCGAAGUUGAGGAGCUGCGAGACUUCUUAGAUGUUCCGGGCAAGGGCCCAGUCUGGGACAUAGUGCACCCCAAUGAAAAACAAAUUACAAAGUAUAUGGACCCCGGUACAGUCGCAGAUUUAUAUCAACACUAUGUUGCAACGCGUCAAAUGUUUGGUGCGGCAGCAGUGUCGUAUGGCACCUUCUUGAAAGUAUACAAAGAACGCUGGCAAAGCAUCCUCAAAUUCAGAGAGAAGAACUUGUUUUCAGCUUGUGAGCUAUGUUGGCACUUCAAAAACGACAUUGCCAAUUCCAAGACUUUGGAAGAACGAUUGGGCCAGCUUGUCAAGUACAGACAGCACUUGGCGCAUCAGUAUCAAGACCGAGCUAUUUGCUGGGCUCUCCAGGAGCUAGUGCUUGAUGAUCAAUCUGACCUGGUUUGCAUCCAGGUUGACGGCCUUGACCAGUCCAAGUUUUCACUACCACGUGACCCCAAACUGAGGGCAACUUCAUCAGUGUGA